UACGUGAAGAGCCACUACCAUGUGGGCCAGAACGCGGACAUCCAGAUCAAGCUCUCCAUUCGGCGCCUGCUCGCCGCUGGCAUCCUCAAGCAGACCAAAGGGGUCGGCGCCUCCGGCUCUUUCCGCCUGGCCAAGGCGGCCAUCAAGGUGAAGAAGUCCCCGGCCAGGAAGAGGAAGGCGGCAGCCAGGAGAUCCAGGUCUCCCCGCAAAGCGGCUAGGCCCAGGAAAGCCAAAUCACCAAAGAAGCCCAAAUCCUCUGCCAGGAAAGCCAGGAAAGCCAGGAAGUUGAGAGCCAGCCCCAAGAAGGCCAGGAAGACAAAGACUGUUAAGGCCAGGUCACUGAGGGCGUCCAAGACCAAGAAGGCAAAGCGGCCAAGACUCAAAGCCAAGUCCAGCGCCCGGAAAUCACCCAAGAAGUGA